UCCCUCCCCAGUCCUUUCCUGCAAGGAAGGGGGGGUGUUGCUUUGGUGUCUCUCCUGCAAGGGCUGCAUCGCUGUCCCCUCCCUCCUGGGAUGAUCUGGAUUUCCUAGACUUUUUCAUUACAACAGACAGAACUUGGCAGAAGACUAAAAGGGUUCCUUCUGAUCUCUAAGAGGCUUCCUGAGAGCACAGAUGGAUGAGCAAGACUCAGCUGGCCCUGGAAUAGGAAGAGGCCAUGCCAUCCAAUCUGGGAGCAGUGGGGGAUUCUGGGAAAACCCAGUGCAGAAUACCCUGGGUGAGGAGGACACCCUCUGCUCAGAGGUGCAGAGCCAGCAGUUGAGGCAGUUCUGCUGCCAGGAGGCCAAAGGACCCCGAGAGGUUUGCAGCCGACUCUACCACUUUUGCCACCAGUGGCUGAAGCCAGAAAGGCACACGAAAGCUGAGAUGCUGGACCUGGUGAUCUUGGAGCAGUUCCUGGCUGUCCUUCCCCCGGAGAUGGAGAGCUGGGUGAGGGAAUGCGGAGCGGAGACCAGUUCCCAGGCGGUGGCCCUGGCCGAAGGUUUCCUCCUGAGUCAGGCAGAGGAGAGAAAGCAGGGAAAGGAUCAUUUUGCAGAAAUGGACCUGGAUUCCUGUGAGGCAGAGAGGCCUCCGUUGGACACCAGAGAGAGGCCGCUGGGUGACAGAAUGAUGCCGGCAAGACCUCCUGAUCCGUCUUUUCAUGGGGGCAUAAGGGAAGCAGCGGCUGUGGAACCAGAUCAGGGUCCAGUGUGCUUUGAAGAUGUCUCUGUUCGUUUCACGGACGAGGAGUGGGCGUUGCUGGAUCCUGACCAGAGAGCUCUGCAUAAGGACGUCAUGGAGGAGAAUCGUGGGAUCGUGGCCUCUCUUGAUUGUGAUGAAUUGGAAAUCGAGAACAAAGGGGACCACGACAAAAUCCGCAGAGAGGAGAAGCCACAUAAAAAUUUGGCGUGUAGAGGAAGCUGCAGUCAGAGCUCCCAUUCCACUUCCCAGCAACAAAAUCUCAUCGGAAAGAAACUCUAUCAGUGCAUGGAAUGUGGAAAGAGCUUCAGUCAGAGCUCCCAUCUCACUUCCCAUCAAAGAAUUCAUACAGGGGAGAAACCCUAUCAGUGUGUGGAAUGUGGAAAGAGUUUCAGGCAGAGCUCCCAUCUCACUAACCACCAAAGAAUUCAUACAGGGGAGAAACCAUAUCAGUGUGUGGAAUGUGGAAAGAGCUUCAGUAAUAACUACUCUCUCACUUCCCAUCAAAGAAUUCAUACAGGGGAGAAACCAUAUCAGUGUGUGGAAUGUGGAAAUAGCUUCAGGAGGAACUCCUCUCUCACUUCCCAUCAAAUAAUUCAUACAGGGGAGAAACCCCAUCAGUGUGUGGAAUGUGGAAAGAGCUUCAGUAGGAACUCCUCUCUCACUUCCCAUCAAAUAAUUCAUACAGGGGAGAAACCCUAUCAGUGUGUGGAAUGUGGAAAGAGCUUCAGUCGAAGCUCCCAUCUCACUUCCCAUCAAUUAAUUCAUACAGGGGAGAAACCCUAUCAGUGUGUGGAUUGUGGAAAGAGCUUCACUGAUAUAUACUCUCUCACUAAGCAUCAAAGAAUUCAUACAGGGGAGAAACCCUAUCAGUGCGUCGAAUGUGGGAAGAGCUUCACUAAUAGCUCCCAUCUCGCUUCCCAUCAGAGAAUUCAUACAGGGGAGAAACCCUAUCAGUGUGUGGAAUGUGGAAAGAGCUUCAGUCGAAAUGGCCAACUCACUUGCCAUCAAAGAAUUCAUACAGGGGAGAAACCCUAUCAGUGUGUGGAAUGUGGAAAGAGCUUCAGUCAAACCUCCCAUCUCACUUGCCAUCAAAGAAUUCAUACAGGGGAGAAACCCUAUCAGUGUGUGGAAUGUGGAAAGAGCUUCACUGAGAGGUCCAAACUCACUUCCCAUCAAAGAAUUCAUACAGGAGAUAAACCAUAUCAGUGCAUGGAAUGUGGAAAGAGUUUCAGUCGGAGCGACUCUCUCACUUCCCAUCAAAGAAUUCAUACAGGGGAGAAACCAUAUCAGUGUGUGGAAUGUGGAAAGAGCUUCAGUCAGAGCUCCCAUCUCACUUCCCAUCAAAUAAUUCAUGCAGGGAAGAAACCGUAUCAGUGUGUGGAAUGUGAAUAACAGAAU